AUGUUAGCCGCAUCACUUUGUGUCAUUCUGCUGUUUCAAGUCAACUCAAUCUUCGACUCGACCGAUAAUGGCCGCCCUUAUCCGUGGUGGUGGGAGAUGGGGAAGAAUCUUACCAUCCAACCCAACACAACCACCCAGGACGUGCAAGUGAUCAGUCCCUGGGGCAAUGGCAGUGGCAUCUUUCAGCUGAACACGACACCCACUCAGAGCAACGUAAACACACCGCUGCGCACGCUCUUAAAGAACUGGUUCUUCCGACAACCAGCACAACCCAACAUCCAAGUGCUGACCCUCGGGGGUCGAGCCCUAGCUGAAAAACACUACUUGCAUGAAUUGAACCCAACUCACGUGCUGCUGCCACGGAGGCGGGCGACUGCAGGGAGGCGGCAUCAGCAGCGUCGCAUUCUGAUGCGGAAUCUUAGAUCCGCUGAGAUCAUGCUGAUGAACACCCAAACCCUAAGAAUGCCAUUAUAUGAGGACGACUGGGAUGUAAGUGGAUUCAAGCACUGAAAAAAUAUCAUACAAUUACGUUGAAGCAAUCUGCAUUUCAGAUCGAGACCAGUUACUCUGGCUGAAA